AUGUCUACAGAAGCUCCUGCGCAAGAUGCGACUCAGCAAGAAUCUCGAGCGCGCAAAGACAGCUUCUCCGGCAAGUCGCAAACCUCGGAGAAUUCACAGACUGCGGCUGAGUUUAUUCGAUCGCAAGAGGCUCUCGAAGCUGAUGCCCGCGAGGCUCUACCUUAUAGUAUCGACACAUGUACCAAAAUCCUCGGGCCUCUGCGACAAGCUGUCUUCGCAUGUUUGACUUGCAAUCCGCCUCCGGCUAAAGAGGGCGACGACUGGACACCCGCCGGUGUAUGCUACGCUUGCUCCAUCCAAUGCCACGGCGAACACAACCUCGUCGAGAUCUUCCAGAAGCGCAACUUCACAUGCGAUUGUGGUACCAAGCGUAUUCCCUCGAUAAGCCCAUGCACCCUCCGUCUGAACGAGGCAACCAACACUCGAGGUGGGGUGCACUCCGAAGAGCCCGACGUGAACAAUAAAUACAACCACAACUUCCGCAACAGAUUCUGCGGUUGUGGGUGUGAUUAUGACCCAUUCCAACAGAAGGGCACGAUGUUCCAGUGUCUUGGCCUAGGAACAGUCGAGACGGGCGGAUGCGGCGAGGACUGGUAUCACCCUGGAUGUUUGGUUGGCAUGGGACCCAACUGGUUCGAAAAGAUGGAAAAGCCCAAAAAGACAGCACCGGAAAACAAGGAAGAAGGAAAGUUGACAACAAUUACUGAGGAUAACGAAGAGCAGAAGGACCCUGCUCAAACCGCCGACCAAGAGAAGGAUAAGGCCGCUGAGAAUGCAGUCGAAGCAGAAGAUGACGAGGAUGAAGAUGUCCCUCUGCCCCCCGGAUUCCCUGAAGAAGAUGCAUUCGAAGCUUUUCUGUGCUACAAGUGUGUCGAAGCGCAUCCAUGGAUCAAGCGCUAUGCUGGUACUUCAGGCUUCCUUCCAGCAGUAUUACUCAACCAAGCGUCAACCCAAUCAAAGACAGAGCCCGCGCCUGCGAAGGACGAGCCUGAUCCCGUAGCCGAAACUACAGUCCAAACUGAGGGUGGCCAGGACUCGCGCAAGCGCAAGGCUGAUGACGAUGUGGAGGAACCUACACAAGUCAAACGUGUCAAGAGUGAAUCUCAAUCCGGGGACGAAAAGACUACCGAAGAGACAACAUCCACAGACAAGCUCCCCUGCAAGCUGAAGAACCUCCCCCCUGCCCCCGAAGGAAAGUUCUCUCUAUUCCUCAAAGAAGACUUCCGUGAAGCUUUCUGCCGCUGCUCAACUUGCUACCCCCACCUCAACCCUCAUCCACAGCUUCUUGAGGAAGAAGAGGUCUACGAACCUCCUCUGUCUGAUGGAGGCUCUCAAGCUGAUGGCAACGGCGGCGGUUCCCACGGAAGCGGCAGUCUCCUAGAGCGCGGUGAAAGCGCUCUUCGUAACGUCGAUCGUGUUCGAGCUAUUGAGGGUGUGAUGGCCUAUAACCAUCUCAAGGAGCAGCUCAAGCCAUUCUUCCAGCAAUUCGCUGAGAGUGGGCAGGCGAUUGGAGCUGAAGAUAUUAAGGCUUACUUUGCCAAGCUUAGAGGUGACGAGAAAGGUAUCGAGGAAGCUGCUGCAGACGCCAAAGAUGGUGAGGGCGGUGGUAGUGGCGAUGGGGAUCACCGAAAGGAGCAGAGCGGAUUUUAA